CUUCAUGUGGCUAGCGCCUUCUGGUUGUCGUGGAGGCUGAGUCAUACCCAGCCGCAUAACUAAGUUAUCGCUCUGCCUCGGUAUAUCGAACCUCUUGCUCCGCCAUGAUUUGCAAUCCACGACGCAAGCAAUGACCUCCACUGGCUUCGCAACUUCCUAGUUCCAUCUCGUUUCCGGAGUGGUGACGUUCUUUCGAUUGCCAGAUCUGAUAGGGAAGAGGCAACCGUCUAGUCAUGGCCCCCGUUUACAAGAUUGCCGUUGUUCAACUCUAUGUGAAGCCUUUCCGCCCCGUGGGAAAUUUCGCAAAGGCCACCAAAUUCAUUCGAGAUGCGGCAGCACAAGGGUGUCACCUCGCCGUUUUGCCAGAGUUCCAUCUGACGAACUUGAUUCCAGACGAUCCUCGGUUCGCACCUCUGUGUGAUGAAUGGGAAACAUAUUUGCAGAGGUAUCAAGCGCUGGCCAAAGAAUGCGAUAUCUGUAUUGUGCCCGGAUCUAUCGUGCGACCCACCCCCGGCGCAUCAUUCCAUCCACCGGACAUGCCGAAGCUUGAGAACGUGGCCUACUUCAUAUCAAACACGGGGGAAAUUCUAGGAUCCUAUACGAAGAAAAACCUCUGGGGCCCAACGGAAAGAAAGCAUCUGCGCUCCUCGGGUGAUGCUCCGCAUCAAGUCAUCCAGACCCCCUUAGGACCGGUAGGGUUGCUAGUCUGCUGGGAUCUGGCCUUCCCUGAAGCAUGGCGCGAGCUCGUAUACCAAGGCGCCAAAAUUAUCAUCUUGCCAACCUUGUGGACACGAAGCGGUGCUUCCGAUGCGGGCCAUCGCUGGAACCCUUCGGCCGAGUCUCUGUUUCUCGAUAGUAUCAUGACGGCGAGGGCAUACGAAAAUACCUGCGCCGUGGUAUUCGCGAAUGCCGGAGGACCACCGGGACGCAAUUACUGUGGACAUUCGCAGAUUACCAUCCCCUACGCAGGCCCACUGGUUCAUCUGGGAACCUCCAUCGAAGGUAUGGCUAUAGCAGAUCUUGACAUGCAGGUGUUGGAAGACGCCGAGACCAAUUACUCCUUGCGGGCGGACUUGACCCAGGAGGAUUGGCAUUAUAGACAUACGCGCCGAGGUGGCCAUGCACCCUCGAGAGGAAAACUGUAAGCCUUGUUGCAAAAGUGAAUACAUGUCAAUUUCCCUCCAUGGGUGAUUCAAUAUUGUUACAUUGACGACCGUUUAUUUGUAAUGGAAAAAAGGGCUGUGUAUAACUAACAUCGUCGACGACCCUACCCAUCCCUCUGCUCGGACGUUAUUAUAGAUAAUUUUUAGCAUUCAAUAUCUCAAUUUCCCGAACUAUCUGA